AUGGAGAAUUCGUUCUUCGAAUAUCGCGACAAGACGGGAGCCGGGAGCGACUCAGACGGUGAAAUUAUUGACAACAGCCUAAUGGCUGAAGUGUAUUAUACUCCAAGGAAGAAACCUACUAUAAAGAACCAGACAGUCUUCAUAGCGGAAUCUGAGGAGUCGUCUACAGAUGAAGACGUUAGUAGCGAAAGUGCAAGACCAAUGGUUCCCAAAGUUGUUCUUAGAAAAAGUAUCAUAGCUGAGCCACUUGCUAUAGCUAGCAGCGAUGAUGAUGGUAGCAGACGAGGCAGCAUCAGGCAGCAGUCAGAUAUGUCAUACAAUAGGGUAGUCCUCAGCUCUUCAGAUGAAGAGGAACAGGAAGUAUCCCCUGAAUUAAUACCAAAAAGACCUCCGAUAUUACGCCCAAAAUUAUCACCCAACGCAUCCAUAAUCAUGCGAAAGAAAAACAAACGAAUGAUAGUUAUAGACUCCGACACUGACAAUUCGAUCGUCAUUGAACACGAUAGGCAGAAGAAACUCGCUUGUUUAAAAGAUACACCUUUGAAGAUUAACAAUGACGAUGUUAAUAUUAGGAAAUCCCUACAUAAUGAUAGUAUUAUGGACCAAAGUGAUGAACCUAGUGAUGAAAGUGACGACGAAGUACCGGAAAGUGACGGACCUCAGAAGACUAGUUCGAUAAAAAGAAACAAGAAACAAAUGAUUGAAUCAAGUGACGAAACUGACGAUGACGUAAAAGAACAAACCCGUGACGUAGUAGAUGAAAGUGAUGCCAAGCAUCAAAGUGAUGUAGAAGACCAGAGUGAUGUAGAAGAUCAAAGUGACCCGGACGACGGCGCUAAUGAGGAUCAAAUGGUGAUGUCUAGAGCAACCAGAAUGAGCAUAAUGGGUAUAGUUCCUAAGGAUGACGACAGUGAUGAUUCUGAUUUCAUACAGUCUGAUGAG